GAAAAAGAAACCCUAAAUAUUGUGGACAGAGAAGGACGAGCGUGCGAAGGAUUUGCGGGGUCUAAGACAAGAAAUGUUGGCAAGGAGGAUAUCCAAAUUAGCUGGUUUCGGAAUUCAUAUCAGUCGAUGUCAGAUUCCAAGAGGGAUUCGUUUGUUGACGACGUCAUCUUUACCAUCAUACCCAUAUCUGUUACUUCACAUGGAUGAUGUUGUCGGAGGAGAAUCUCCUGGCGACGGCAGUGUAGAGAGAGUCGUGAAUUUCAAUUACUACGAUUUGGUGAAGAAGAGACGAGUGAGCAUGGAAGAGCAGAGGAUCCCCGAAAGCAUCUACCUUUCUCGAAACAUAGGAUCUUCACGUGGCUGGAUGAUUCUAAUGAACAACGAAGAUCUAACCGUACAUGUUACCAACAUGUUGAAUCCCUCAGUUCCCAAAUCCGCUCGCAAGGUCAUCUCUCUGCCUCCCCUUGUUCCUUUGCCUUAUUCUCUCGACCCGUCGGAGUCCACACCUUUGACUGAGCUUGUUCGUAACGUAUCUCUCUCAUCUUCCCCUGACCAAGAAGACUGCAUUGUUGCCAUUAAGUUUUGGGGAAGCUGCAUCUCCUUUUGUAGACGCAGUCGCAGUGAUGAUGACUCGUCAUGGUCAUGGUCGCACAUUAACUCUCUUCCCCGGCAUUUCGAGGCUUCCUCCCUCAUUUACUCCAACACAGCUUCGAUAUUCUACAUCACGCCGUUGACUGCUCGUACGUCAGAUAACUCCCGAAACUUUGAACAAUACGAACAUAAGGACAAACACGGAUUCCCUCUUGUUGCUUAUUUCAUGCAACUCGGACCUUUUGAGCCACCGGGGAAGUUGUCGGAUUCCGAGCUUAAGUUGCUGCUAGGGUGCUCCGGCGGCGACAGCAGAUUCUUGGUGGAGACACCCUCUGGCGACAUUUUUACCAUCAUGCGGUACAUGCAAACGGUGAAGAAACACAUCUUAUUCUGCCAAAAGGAAUCUGAUGUUUAUGAGCUAGAGACCAAGCGGUUUGAGCUGUACAAGCACGACAUUAACAAAGGAGCCGAAUCUUACAUUCGAAGAGGAGGAAUUCGCUUGUUGACGACGUCAUCUUCUUUAUCACCAGCUCCAUAUAUGCUACUCUCAAUGGAUGGUAUCAGAAGAUUAAGCAAGAGAUACAAAAUAGCGAAUUUCAACUACUACGACCCAAUAAAUCAGAAACGAGUGACGAUGGCAGAGCAGAGGAUCCCUGAAAGCAUCUACCUUUCAAGAAACAUUGGAUCUUCUCGUGGUUGGAUGAUCAGAAUGAACGAAGAAGAUCUAACCGUACAUCUCACCAACAUGUUCAAUCCCUCAGCUCCCAAAUCCACUCACAGAGUCAUAUCCCUCCCUGUCCUUCUAACUCCUUAUUACCAUGCUCCUGACCUUUCAAAGUCCAUGGCGACUUCUCAGGUUCGCAACGUCUCUCUCUCCUCUUUCCCUGAUAACCCUGACCAAGAAUGUAUCCUAGCCGUCAAAUUUUGGGGAAGCUUUGUCUCCUACUGUACAAUCCGUGACGGUCAAUGGCGCCACGAGCUGUCUCUAUCCCGCCGAGCCAGCAAAUCAUUCGUUUUCUACUCCAAUAGCGAUGCCACCUUUUAUCUCACGCCUCCCAUUGAUACAUUCUUCCGCAAGGACGGUAGGAAUAUGCCCGAACCUUGCUUCACUUGCCUGACUUAUUACCGUCAAUUCGGACCCUUAAAGCAUCCAAAGAUGGGAGAGUAUGAGUUCGAGCUUCUGAGAAGGUGCAUGUUGGUGUCGGAUCCCGCAAUUCGGAUCCGGCCCAGAAAGACAGAAGAUCGUGGGCCACUAGUUCGGUCCAGAACGGCCCAGUAGGCUCCGGCCCAGGUCGAAUAAAACGUCAGGAUCUCG